AUGAGCUUCCUGGCCAAGCUAUCUCAGCUCAAGAAGAAUGCAGUGAAACCCACCAGUAGCGGUGUAAGCAAAGAGAAUAAUAGGCCAAAAACAGACGACUAUGUAAGGGACAACAACUCACGUCUUCCUGCGAACUAUGUUAGAGAGGAAGAUCCAGCAGUGAGACGAUUGAAAGAGAUUAGAAGAAAAGAGCAGAUCAAAAAGGGAGAGAUCCUGAAAAAGCCGCCCAAGACUAGCGGUGCGAGUCGGAAAAAGAAGGAUGAGGACAUGGUAAUGACAGAAACGAAGUUCAAAAAGAAACCUGGAGAGUCAGUGCGACGUAAGCCGCAGAAUGUGUCUCCCAGGCUGCCCCUGAAAAAAUUCAGUUUUGAAGAGUUGAUGAGGCAGGCAGAUAAGCAGGCAAAAGAUGGCCAGAAGGUCAAGAAUAACGGCCACAACGGAGCGGAAAAUACCUCCACCAAGAAACCAGGGUCACAACUACACAAACCUGGUUUUAAACAACGUAGAGCUCAAAAACCCGAUAAAUUACUCCGGAAGGCAGUGACUCCUAAAAAACCGCCACCACCGCCCAGCAAAGUGGCCAUAACGACUUCCAUCGCCAAACCGAAUGAGAAGUUGCAAAAAAGACUUCAUGCUCUUAAAGAGAAGCGUAGGGCGAACUAUGGACAUGGGGAUGGUGAUGAGGACGAAGGUCUAGACGAUUUUAUCGAAGAUGAUGAAGAAGUCGAUUACGAUCGCGAAGAAAUUUGGGCGAUGUUCAACAAAGGUGGCAGAAAGAGGCAGUAUGCAUAUAGUGAUGAUGAAUCGGAUGAUAUGGAAGCCAACGAGUGGGAAAUUCUCCAGGAAGAGGAACACGCGAGUAAGAUGGCCAAAUUGGAAGAUAAGAAAGAGGAAGCAUGGCUCAAAGAGCAUGAAAAGUUGAAGAAAGAGAGGCUCGGUAAAGGACGUUAA